AUGAAUCAAAUUCAGCGAGUGCCGAUUCCGUUCGUUCCGAUUCCGCCCAUUCUAGAAGGCAGGUUCAGUCCACUGGAGCCUUACUUUCCUCAUCACAUCAGAGAUAUUCCACACGGAGAAAAAGGUACAAAAGAAGAUCAUGCAGCGGAAAAGCGACGAUUCAGUGCGCUGCUUCUGGAUAUGAAACAACGCUGGAAAUCAAGAGCAAAGGAAGCUGGGACCGAUUACAAUCUUCUCAGCUGGUUAGAGAAGAAGUGCUUUGCGUCAAAGGCAAAUGGUACACAAGAAACGGCCAGAGAUUCAACAAGAAACCGUCCGCCAACUGCUGGACCUGCUUCUCCAACCAAGAAACCGCCGCCAACUGCUGGACCUGCUUCUCCAACCAAGAAACCGCCGCCAACUGCUGGACCUGCUUCUCCAACCAAGAAACCGCCGCCAACUGCUGGACCCGCUUCUCCAACCAAGAAACCGCCGCCAACUGCUGGACCUGCAUCUUCCACAGUGAAGCCGUCACCAACUGCAGCAAAUGCAUCUUCUACAGUGAAGCCGUCGCCAACUGCAGCAAAUGCAUCUUCUACAGUGAAGCCGUCACCAACUGCAGCAAAUGCAUCUUCUACAGUGAAGCCGUCGCCAACUGCAGCAAAUGCAUCUUCUACAGUGAAGCCGUCACCAACUGCAGCAAAUGCAUCUUCUACA